UAUUUAUAUAUCCUUAGUGAAGGCUAAUCAGCAUAACAAAUUUACACAAAUGGAUUCCAUUCCUUCUGCUAACUGGGUUUCAGAAAUUCACAAGAUGGUCCCCGAUGCUACUGUUUGGGAAUCAGAGAUUACUAGCUCGAUCGCGCCUUCAAAGGUCUUCCAUGACUUUGUUCUCGCGUAUUUAGAGUUCAUGGCCAAGACCUUCAUUCCAAAACAGUUUGGUCCAGAGGUCGUGACCUUGGAAGGCGAUGGCUUCGGAGGGGAAGCAGUCGAUUAUACCGUCAAGGAGAUUACAUCCGAACAAAUGAGGCCAAUGAGGUACACGAUAUUCGGAGAAGAUAUAGAGAACUUCUCAUGCAAUUAUAUAUACAGUGGAAACACAAUGCAUUUAGAAGAAAUGAAGGUGAUACCCUUAGUUGAUGAAGGUUGUACACUAAAGUAUAAAAGGACCUAUCUUAACGAAGUCACAGAAGAUGAUGUCAUGGACCAUAAGCUUUCACUUACUCAAGUUUUCAAUGUCUUUGAGGCCACUGUUGUUUAGAAGAUCCUAAACAUGAUUGUUUGUGGUUAUUAAAGUGUUUAUUCUUGUAAUGUUAAUAAGUAUGUUAUGAUAUUCGAUUGCGUUGCAUUAUAAUACAUA